AGUGGUGCAUGUACUUAUUUAGCUAAGCCGACGUUGUCUUGUGAUAAGAUCCGCGCUUUAUGAUAUGAUUUUGUUGUUGCCGUAUUUGAAAUUAAACUACUACUACUUGCCGUUGCACAUACAGAGUGUUCGAAAUGUUCAGGUGAAACAAUCUGAUAACAGACCGAUAGGGUUACCAUCUCUCCUAUCAUGGCUGGCACUGUCUUUCCGUAAUCUACUGAACUUAUCAACACUCAACAGUCGGCCUGCAGGAGCUUCAGAUAGUAGCAGCAGUCGAGGGCGUCCUAGAAUUCAAAAUGAAACCAGAAUACCAAACCGGAAGUUGGUCAAUGAAAUGGAUCAAAUUUUUCUUGUUUAUGAUCAACGUGAUGUUCGUGUUUACCGCUGUGCUGGUAAUAUCGACAGGGGUCGCAGUUCAAGCCGUGUAUAGCGAUUUUACCAGUUUUAUCGAUGAGCAGUUCUAUUCGCCGACAUUUUUGUUUAUUUCCGUGGGCAUGAUAACGUUGGUGAUUGCGGCUUUUGGAUUCAUCGGAACCUUUCGGGAAAGUUCACUUUUGAUAAAUAUUUACUGUGGCAUUAUAUCAGUUGUUUUCCUACUGGAAGUAACGGCAACUUUGGUUGGUAUUUAUCAUAGUCAGGAGGUAAGCGGAAUUAUGAUGCAAACUAUGAAGAAUUCCCUACAACAUUAUCCGUGGAAUAGUUACGUACAAAAUUCGGUGGACUUCAUGCAAAUUGAGUUGGAGUGCUGUGGAGUGAUAGGUUACAAAGACUGGGAGAACGUUUUUGCAGUUGUUGAUCUAGACAGUGGAAACUUACGAGCAGAACUUCCAACAUCUUGUUGUCUCACCUAUCAAGAGGGUGAAUGUAUACCAUUUGCUAGUGGAUGUCACUCAAGAAUGUAUUCACUUCUUCAGCACUGUUCAAGAACAAUUGUCAGUGGACUGUUGCUUGUGGCCUUUGUACAGAUAUCAGCGGCUAUGUUCGCCUUCAUUCUAGCUAAACGGAUAAGGCAUGCAAAAAUUAAAUCGUCUUUGUGCGCUAUAAAAGAUGAAAACAUAAUUCAUACUUUCGGUUACAAAUGUUUAAACGAAAUCCCGUAUCAGAAGAUCAAAGAUCAACAACCAUUAUGAUGACAAUAUUUGUACAUAAAAUAUUUAUUACAAUAGUUUUAUAGUGUAAUUUCCCCGAAUCAACGUGAUACUCGUGUCCUACCAUCACAUUCGACAAAACAAACGUGUCUUCCUGGUAUCAAUCAAUAUCUUAUCGUGAACGUCAUCAAUUCUGAUAAUGUUUUUUUUAUAAUUGUUAAAAAUAAAAAUAUUUCACAUCCUGUCAA